AUGGAGGCUCUGGACCGCAGACCGUCCCUGGAGGCUCUGGAUCGCAGACCGUCGCUGGAGGCUCUGGAUCGCAGACCGUCUCUGGAGGCUUUGGGCCAUGGAUCAUCCCUGGAGGCUCCUGGCCACGGAUCAUCACUGGAGGCGGAGACGCCUACGGACGGUCCAGAGGUGGGCCACAGUUCCUUCCACCAGCAAUACUGGCUGGACGGACGCAUUGUGGCAGUUGGGGUGGUGGACAUCCUGCCCACUUGCGUGUCCCCCGUCUACCUGUACUACCACCCCGACUUCGCCUCUCUAUUGCUGGGCGCCUACUCUGCACUCAAGGAGGUCACCUUCACCGGGCAUCUCCAGAAAGUGUCCCCCAAGCUGUGCUACUACUACCUGAGCUUCUAUAUCCACUCCUGCCCCAAGAUGCGAUACAAGGGGCAGUACCAGCCUUCAGACCUCCUGUGCCCAGAGACAUAUGUCUUUGUGCCCAUAGAGAGCUGCAUCCCAAGCCUGGAGCAGACCCACUACGCACGCUUCAACCAGGAAGCUGACGCAGGUAAUGAACACAGCUCCCUACUUUUAAUGCAGCUCCUCAAGGUUCUGGCCUUCACAAUAGCGUCACUGCAUUACCCUGAUGGCUGUCUGGAGCCGGGCCCUGCCUCAGCUGGCUGGGAGGCCCAGGACCAGGCCUCAUCUUUCGGCUGGGACACGGGCGAGAUGAGGCUGGGGUGCAAUAGGCCUGGAGAUGGGUGUCUGGAGCCAGACCUUGCCUCUUCUUGCUGUGAGGCCCAGGACCAGGCCAAAUCUUGGUUCUGA